CGGUGUGAUCAUUUUUUUUCUCUCUUUACUUCUCCUUUUACGCAAAUAGACCCAGACUUCUGUGUUAGCAGCCUGUGUUGGCCACCUUAAAGAUAAUCAGCGAAUUCCACUUGAAGUAUUGAGGGACAUUGCCUACAAAAGGUCAUACUACCCCAGCAUGGGCAUGAGCAGCCUGAAAUUGCUGAAAUAUGUCCUAUUUAUCUUUAACUUACUCUUUUGGGUCUGUGGCUGUUGCAUUUUGGGCUUUGGUAUCUACCUCCUGGUCCAAAACACCUAUGGAGUGCUCUUCCGUAACCUUCCCUUCCUGACACUGGGCAAUGUUCUCGUCAUCGUGGGCUCCAUUAUCAUGGUAGUUGCCUUCUUGGGCUGCAUGGGCUCAAUCAAGGAAAACAAGUGCCUGCUUAUGUCGUUCUUUAUUCUGCUGAUGAUUAUUCUCCUUGCUGAGGUGACCUUAGCCAUCCUGCUCUUUGUGUAUGAACAAAAGCUGAACAAGUAUGUGGCUGAGGGCCUGAAUGACAGCAUUCAACAUUAUCACUCAGACAACAACACCAUGGCGGCAUGGGACUUCAUCCAGUCACAUUUGCAGUGUUGUGGUGUAAACAGCUCAAGUGAUUGGACCAGUGGUCCACCAUCUUCCUGCCCACCAGGUGCAGAUGUUCAGGGUUGCUAUAAUAAAGCAAAAUCGUGGUUUCACUCCAAUUUCUUGUAUAUUGGAAUCAUUACCAUCUGUGUAUGUGUGAUACAGGUGCUGGGGAUGGCCUUUGCACUGACACUGAACUGCCAGAUUGACAAAACCAGUCAGGCCUUAGGACUGUGACUUGCAACUGCCCUGAGCUUAAAAGACUUAUUUCUCUCUGGAAAUCCAAAACACCUAUAGUAUGAGACCCAAACAAUCACCUGCCUGCCUGGCAUUUUGGUUUUCUCUUAUCUCUUCCUUGAUUGGGACCCUGUCUUAUACAUCCAAGGAAGAGAAUAUUUGUCAUGAACUCUCCAUCUCAAGGAGAAGACAAUCAUUCACCAACUGAUGGCAGUAGCCAUAUCCCUUAAAGAUGGUGAAACAUACCUGGGUGAAUUUUUUGGACAUCAGAGGCCAAGAGAAUCUGUAGCCCUGCUGUCUUGAGAUCCAAUGAUAGCUUCAGGUGUGGAUAUAGCUCAGAGUAUUGUGUGAACCCCUGAA